CUGCACAAGGCAGCUCCACCCAAGUUAACCUUGCACCUCAUCUCUCUCCAUCAUGGCAUACCCAGGAGAAGGCUAUCGUAUGUCAAACUAUGGACGGAAGACAUACAGUCCCGAGCAAGUCAAGGAGAUGUGGAGAGAGAGCACAGAAAAGGAAGCAAAAAUAGCCAAAAGCCAUGAUGCCACAAAGAAGCUAGCUGAGAAAAAACCGGAUUUGAGUAAACCUCGGAGCUAUUUUGACAAUCAAAAGACGCACAAGAGAGACUAUGACUAUGAUAUGACAUUUUGUGUAAAUGAAGGGUACAAUCAGAAGUUAAAGAGAGAUGACAUGCAGCACACUCAAGGUCUUAACAUUAGAGGAGAAGAAGAGAAUAAGCCAGUUCCCAUUCUUUCCAAUAGUGUGUAUGGUAAAGGUGCUCCAUUAGAAUCAAUGACAAGAGAUUAUGUGAGAGUUGCAGUCGUGAGGAGACAGUUCUACCGAUCCAGUGGCAUAGGCAUACAACAUUCUUAGCAUAGCUUAAUGUUAUUAUUAAUUAUGAUCUGUAGAAAUGCUAUAUAUAGAUAUUUUAGUAUAGUGUAUGAGCUAUGUAUGUAUCCAGUGGGAGUAGGUGUAAUUUGAUACACUCCCCUUCUUAUAAAAACAAAAAGUAA